CUGGUUUCCCCCUGAACUGCCAACAUCGCUCCUAGAUGGAUAUCCCAAACCUCGAAUAUCCUUUCCUCGAGGAGGUUCAUACGCCAAAUGGACCGCCAAAGAUUGAUUUCGUCUUCGUCCAUGGGCUGAACCCGUUUUCACGAAAUGAUCAUCCUUUCAAGACCUGGACCCAUCAAAAUGGCACGUUUUGGCCCCGAGAUUACCUUCCUCAGGAUGUUCCCCAUGCUCGGGUUUUUGUGUAUGGUUAUAACUCAAGUGUCGCGGAUCCCCAAGCAAUGUCUACAGCCAGCAUCAAAGAUCAUGCGAAUACCUUGCUGAACUUGUUAGAUAUGGAGCGGAGUCCACUACUUAAUGCGCGAGCUCCAAAAAUCAUCUUCAUCGGUCAUAGCUUGGGAGGUUUAGUCAUUAAACAGGCUCUGCUGAAUGCACACGAGGACCGGAAAUACACGGCCAUCCGUACUGAUACCUGUGGCCUUGUCUUCUUUGGCACUCCACAUCGAGGAGCUAAAGGUGUUGAGCUUGGAAAAAUUGCCGCCAAAAUCGCCAAAUUUGUGGCCAAAGGACAUGCAAGUAAUGAUUUACUCGAGUGCUUGGAACAUAAUUCUCUCUUCACACGACAGAUGUCCAGUCAAUUUUCCCACCAGCUCGAGGACUACCACGUUAUCAGUUUUGUUGAAGGCAAAGAGGUGUUUAUAGCUGGCGCUGGUCCUGCGUCGGUCAGCCAUCUUGUAGUCGAUGAAGAGUCUGCCAUCCUUGGCCUACCUGGACAGCGGGAAACUCGCUUAAAACUAGACGCAGAUCACUCGCAAAUGUGCAAGGUUGCCAGUCGAGGAGCCAUGUACAAAUUGAUUAAGGGCAAUAUCAAACAGAUUACCGACCGGGUUCUCAUCUCCGAGCAAGGAUUUAUUCCACAACCGUCAACGUCGCCCCAUCCAGCUCCUCCUCUUCCCCCUAGAAUGCAUCUCAAUAGCAGUCUCCCGUAUCCAGAAUCUCGCACACCAGAGCCAGCUGAGGAUAAGAUCAUUGGAUCGCUUUAUAGUGCUCUGGACAAUGACCCAAGAUCAAUCCAGGUGGCGGAGUACAAGAACAGCUGGAAAUGGGAUGACGCGAGAAGGUUAGAAUAUUCUAUCUUCCAGGAGCGUCACAGAAGCCUGGGACAGGACCAUCAGAGCACACUGCUGUCGGGGUAUAGCCUAGCGGAGAUUGAGUUCGAGGCCGCACACCUGAUAAAGGCAGUGGAAUGGGGUCGGUGGGUGUGUAAUAAUACUCAACGCGUUCUAGGCAAACGACACCAGCUUGCGAUGAAAGCAGAGAGUCUCAUGGGGGAGAUCCUGUGCCAGCAGGGGAGUGCUCAGGAAGGCGAAUCCGUAUGCGCCAACGUACUUGCACGACAGCAGAUGACAAUUGGAGAGGAUCAUAUAGAUACUCUCGAAACACGUCGACGGCUGGCUGUAUCAUACGGGUGCCUUGAUCGACGACAGGAGGCCAUCCAAGCUCUUGUCAAAUGCAGUGAAAGCAUAGAGCGGCUGUUGGGGAAAAGACACAUCAGGAAUAUCUUAACAAUGCUGGAAAUAGCCGAGCAGGUCGUCUCGCACCGGUCAGGCAACCCUCAGGAAAUCAUGGCGAGGCAAUACAGCAUGGAGCCUGAUCAUCAAGCGGAAGGGAUCUUGGAAAUGUACCAGGAUCUAAACAACAUGCUUGGCCCAGAGCACCCAUUAACCAUCCGCAGCAUGUGGCUUCACGGAGCCAUGCAGAUGCUUAGUGGCAAUGACAACUCUUCCGCCUCGGAAACUCUCCGGCGUGCCCUCGCUCUCGCCGAGGAAAGCUUAGGGCCCGAGCAUGUAGAGACGAUGAGCAUUGUCGCCAUACUCGGCCUGAUGUACGCAUUCAAUGGUCAAAUGAGCAUCUACAACCUGAGCUAUCUUACCACUAACAAAAGCUCCAACAUUGAGCUGGCGAUGCCGUGGUUGCAACGCUAUUUGCGCUGGGGGGAAUCCCGCAUGGGCGCCGCCAGCCCCGACGUCAUAUCGACCCUCAAGAUGAUUGCCAAUCUAUACUUUGGGGCCAGAGACUACCUGCAGGCGCAGCCAUAUUAUGAGCGAAUCGUGGAGGCGUAUCGUCUAUCCAACACCCAGGCGCCGGAACCAAUCCAGACGAAUCUGCAACUGUGUCGGAUGAACACACGGUAUCUGAGCCCACGGGCCGUUAGCACAGACAUUUCCGGUCUUUUGUCUGCUUUUCGACGACUGUAACAUUUCUUUCGAUGUAGAUGGAUGGGUAUUUAUCAAACUCUUUCAGGCCUACACGUUUUGCCAUAUUUAUGUAUAUACACAUUCCAUGUGCUCGAAAUUGGGCGUUGAUUGGUGGUGAUGCCUCCCCGAAUAGAAGAAAGGAGAGGAAUGAAUUAACGUGGCGCCACAAUAUCCCGUAAAGCACCACGAUUGGCUGCGGUUACUACUAUACUGUCGCU